AUGCUCUGCACCUCAUGUGGCUUUGAAAUGUCGACACAAGAUUCCAGCUCCUCGAGAGCCAAGGCAGCGGUGGCGGAUCGCCGUCGUGAGCAGAACCGUCGGGCACAGAAGCGAUUCAGACAGAAAAAUCGUGAGCAAAAAGCCACCCCAGAACAAGAUCAAUCACAUCCGCAAAACGGCGCUUCAGAUACCCUGGGCGACAUUAGCCAAAUAUCCUCAAGCGCAUUGACGCCACUCACACCACCCAGUACAAUCGAGGAGAUUCAAGGAGAUAAUAUGAUUGAUUAUGAUUUCCUCUUGAAUCCCAACGAUCGCUGCGAAACGAACAAAGGCACGGACGACUUCUGGACAACAACACUGAAACAGACCGCUCCCUUUUCUGCUAUUUCCCUCCUCCCCCCUCCGGAACUGAAAGACUGUCGAGAAGUUCACACAAGAAACCCGGGUGGUUCUGCCAAUAGCAACGAAACUGGCAGGGCAUCAGCAGGACCGACCGUGCUUCACCAAGCAGUGCAGACUGGAAACAGCAAAGUUGUAUGCCUUUUACUCGAGCACAACGCAGACUGCAACUCGAAGGACAACACUGGUCUCACUCCUCUGCUGUAUGCAGUAAUUGGAGGCCAUGAAGAAAUAGUAGAACUAUUGCUAUCCCAUGGGGCCGGUAUAGGACAUGUUGAUAAUGCUCACUGGUCUGCCCUUCACUGGGCUGUGUUCCAUAAUCGUCAUAGGAUAUUGGAGCGGCUUCUUAGCUGUUGCGGUGGAGAUGAUUCGUUGCUCAACAUACGGAAUAAGGACGGACAAACACCGCUAUCGGUCGCAGUUGGCGCGGGAAGUGAGGUGGCUGUGAAGCUGCUACUAGAGUUUGGGGCCACAGUCAAUGUAGGAUGA